AGUGCUUGUAGUCCUAGGGGAGGGAAGCCAAGAGCACAAGCUACAAACUACUUUUGCCUUCCAGGAGCUAAGCCAGUUGUGAUUUUCGGGAAAGAAGACUUUUUCAAGAGCUCUUCAGAACUUUUCCAGUUCACUUCAUCCCACUAGGUCCUGUUUUGCCUUUGAAGAAUGAUUGCAUUGUGUUUUUCAUGCAGUCUUCUGAUGGAUAUCUGCUGUUUCAAGCAACUGCCAUCCUGCGUGCUGCUUAGAUAUGCCUACUAUGUUUGCUGAAAGAAGGGGAGACAACUCAAAUUCAAAAGGAGUUCUCAGAAAUUUUCCUGGAUUUUUAGCAAGAUUUUAAAGUUGUUUUUGGAAACUAGAUUUCAGCCACGCCUGACUCACAAGCCUUCCGCCGGGAGUCAAUUUUUCUUUCUGAUUCAGACUGUGGAAUUUCACAUUUACCUGUAUAAAGAGUUUCUGUAAGUUUUCCCUACUUCCCUUUCCUUACCUGAAAUUUGUCGGUAAGAUUCAGAAUACAUUUUGAUAAAUGAAAUAUUUUGUCCAAGAUUUUUCAAAAAGCUGCUGGUUUUUUUUUUCUCAUAGACUUUUAGAAGCAAAACUAUGUAAUAGGUUUGCAUACCAGUUUAAAUUUAUUUUUUCUUUCUCUGAUCAAAUGUUUAACUGAUAAAUUUCUGCGGCUUUUCUACAGCUAUAAUCACAAGCAUGCUUUUUAAUGUUUAAUUGUGUUAAUUUGCAUUUAAAGGAAACACAUUCUGAGAUUUUGCACAGCUAUGAAAUAAAACACAGGUGUAUCUAUAGUUGUUUUUCCUGUUUUUUUAGCUUCCAAGUUCUGGAAAACAUCUGAGAAAUGCCUUUUUUAUUUCAUAAAUUUGGGGAGCCACGGACUAUGUUUUCUGUAUUAAAAAUGACAAACCGCUGGAAAAUUCCAACUUAAUUUUUUUUAAUUCAACAAAGUGAGUGAGGUGCAGGCAUUGGAGGCAUGCAAAUAUGAAUAAAAGAUCAAACAGAUGACAAUGAGUAAGAAAAAACAGGUUUGCAUUCAAAUUCCUAAAUGCAAGUACAUGCAUGGUUACUCUGUGCUUUAAUGUGUGGCAUAAAUAGAAACAAAAGACAAAAGUAGUUGGCAUUAACAGACAAAAGAAUAUAUGAAAAAAGCAAUUCAUUUUUCAGGCGUCAACAAGGGCUGCUAAGGUCAUCUGAUAGCAGGUUCAGUCCUGGUUGCCAUCCUAGGAUCUAAAAGCCUGAAAGGAUUUGAGAAGCUGAUAUUGUCUUCCAUGGGGAACUGUCUAAAAUCAGGUACAGCAGUCUUCCAAGAAGAAACCAAGAGCUCUUCAUACCAUAUGCUAUUCAUGCCUCAUUGGUUUUUCUCAUCACCAUGUCUGAAUUUAUCUGGAGGAGGAGGAGGAGGAGGAAGACCUGAUCUGGGGUUCUUAUAAUCUUGUGAAGCUCAAGGAUUUUACAAACACGUGGCAUGAAGAAACUUUGAGAAAAGGGGGAGAGGAGAGCCUGGAAGAAGCUCCAGGUAACUACCCUUUGCUUCUUGUUUGCCCCAUUGACUGCAGUUGCACAGAGGACUAUAAUCCUCAACAAUUUUACCAGUUGUUGGAACCUGCUGGUGGGGUGAGGACACAUUCCUGAGCAGUAUGUGUGGCCAGAGCACACUGCUGCAGCUGGGAGCAUGAGUGUUGGCCCCCAGCUACAGCUGGCAGUCCUCUGGCCUUGGCUGCUAAUGGCUAUGCUGCAGAUACGACUAGGCUACUCAGGACUGGCACUGGUGGCAGCAAUGGAAGCUGAGCGGACUUUGGCCCAGAAGGCAAUAAUUCGGGUAAUUCCUUUCAAGCUGGAACCCCUCACACUGGAAGGAGUCUUUGCUAGCAUUGCAGAGAUCACCCCUGCUGAAGGCAAACUGUUGCAGUUCCACCCCCUGUCUUUGUGUAAUACCAGUGAGGAUGAACAUACUGUUCCAGGAUUUGUCUCCAUUGUCAAACUGGAAAGGCCUGAGCGGGAUCUCCGGCCAUGCCUGUCAUUGGCCAAUAAGGCAAAACUAGCCGGGGAGAGGGGAGCUCGGGCUGUUCUUUUUGACAUUACAGAUGACCAGAGUGCUGCUGACCAGUUGAGGAAGCCUCAAGAGCUGAGUCAUCCUGUUGGUCUGAUCUGGGGCCACAAUGCUGAACUUCUCAUGAGAGUGGUGAACAAUAACCGUGAAGCCCAUGUGAAGAUUGAGGUGAAGGAAAUGCCAGCUUGGCCAGAUUAUGAUGUUUGGAUACUGCUCACCGUUGUGAGUACUGUACUGGUCAUUGUUGUAAUCUUCGUUCGCACUCGUUGUCAGCCAAGCAGAAAUCAGACGAAUGUGCAGGAAACGACCAUGCAAGCGAUCAACCGGCUGGCCAUACGGAGGUAUCAAACCCCCCAUCGGUAUGCGCCAACGGCGGACUCUGCUAGCACCUGCAGUUCUCCUCCCAUAUGUGCAAUCUGCUUGGAAGAAUUUUGCGAGGGGCAGGAACUACGGAUCAUCACCUGUUCCCACGAGUUCCAUCGGCAGUGUGUGGACCCUUGGCUCCAGCAGCACCAAACAUGUCCAUUGUGCAUGUUCAACAUUGUUGCCAAACAAGCUGUAUUAAACGGUCUGUGUUUCCUGAAGAGUUUGUGGAGCAGUUCCAAAAAUAUUAGUACCUUUGUAUACCAUUCCAAAAAUCUGUUUGCCAAGGAACUGCUCUUCAGUGGGCUUCCGUGGACACCUUUCCUCCACUCUCCUGAACUCUCCCAGUUGGAUAUUGGAACUAUGCAUUACUUGCCCUAUAGGCCAAUUGGCUUUGAGCCUUGGUGUGGCCACCAAGCGCCUCCCAGCAGAAGCCUGUUACGUUCUCAGCAUCCCCUGGAGCCCCCAGUGUGUGAGCCAGCCCUGCCCUCUCAUAGGCUGUGUCUGCUUCAGCACCAGCCCUCUUGCCAAGGUCUCAGGGCUCCCCUUGCAGCCCAGAUAAGUCAUGCUGUUCCUUUACAUCGAGGAAUUCGCCACGGGAGGCAUCACCACCACCACAGUAGUGGCUCUGGGGAGAGUUACCUUACAGAACCCAGUGGAUACCUUCCUGAUGGCCCCGGUAGUGACUCCAGUUCAGGUCCUUGCCAUGGCAGCUCCAGUGACUCCAUGUUGAAUUGCACUGACGUCAGUCUUCAGGCUAUCCAUGGCAGUUGCUCUACUUUUCACAGCUCCCUGAGCAGUGAUUAUGAUCCGUUCACCUUCUGUGGCUCAGAGAAGCUGACCACGGAAAGCAAACAAGACUCUUCUUCAUCUGGGAAGGACUCACAGCUUCAGUCGGUAGACUCCAUGGUAACAAGUAGAGCACAACUAGCCAGUAAUCAUGUCCACUAUCACCACCAUCACCACAGGCAUCACCAUUAUGGGCAGAAACCUUCCAGCUGUCCAAGUGGCAGACCAAACCAAGAGUCUCAUCCACGCAAGAUGAAAUAUUCCAGGACAAAGGUGGGAUCACAAAACAUCUCAGUACCAAAAAGGACAGAGAAAAUGCAAAUGGUAGAUCUUUCUAGGCAAGGACACACGGAACUGUAUUUGGCAGACGGGUCUGACAUUAGCAUGACAGCCAGUAGCCAAGCUGGAACUGUUGGACUGUGGGGCACUCAGAAACCCCAUGCACAAAUCCAUCCAGGUAGAAGGAGAUGGAAGUGUCCUUUUGAGACGUCACCUGAGGAUUCCAGCACAACCCUGGAAUGCAGAAUUGCUAGCCAUCCUGGUGGUUUUUCUAAAAACCAGGGUCCCCCAGAAAUUCAACCUCUUUUAGUAGGGGGUCCCCCUGCACAUAAUUUUGCAGCAUUGCCGGAGAUAUCAAAAUGCCUAACUCCAUGUUUUACCAUGGAGAACCAGGAAAAGAGGAACAUGCUGGGACAAUUGGAUUGUGAACACACAUUUCCAGAAGAAUGUUCAGACUUGGAUGCAACAAGAAGCAACACAAGCUCUUACCUCAUUAAUAGAGUUCCGCAAAAUCUUCAGGGAUCUACAGAAGAUAUCCCCAAUGUGUAUGAACAUUCAGUUUGAUGUGAGGUGAACUUUACUCUGUCAGACAGCCUAAGAGAAGAGACCAGAAACUCAGUGAGAAUGGGCUUUCUUACAAACUCUUCAUGCCUCUUUUGUUGGCGUUGCAGUACUUAAAAUCUUACUAAAUUUUCUGUCCAGACAAUUCAACCCACAAGUGGUCACCUGCCUGUCAGAACUAUAAGCUGCCAAUGUCACAUGCAUUGUUUUGGGAAGCUGCCAUCUUGAAGACUUUUUCAUUUGUUGCAAUGGAGGAUCCUUACUGUUCAUAUUGUUCCUUAAGGAGAGUGGAGUGAAAUCAUUCAAAAUUUCUAGGGGGAGGGGGAGGGGAGAACCACCAUAAAGUUCACUUACAUUUGUUUUUUAACUGCAAAAUAGAAUGCAGGAACAACCCUACACUUUCACACCAUUCCAAGAGCAUAUAUGAUAUGCAGGUUGAAAUUAGACAGAGAAAUCAUUCCAUUUCUUUUCCUGCUAUUUUUUUUUUCUUCUGAUGUGCCUAAGAGUCUUGGUUCAAGAUGAAUGUAGUUUGCAAGAUUCAAACACUCUUCCCCUCCUCAGCAAAGGGGGUAUUGGAGGUCACUCUGGUUCUGUCUCAUAGGAAUGUUGUUACUGCUCAAUUUGCCAAGAAGUCUGGAAAGUGCAUAUCUCCUUCUCUUCCGAAUACUGUCUGCUACAUCAGAUAAUAGCAUGGGGCAGCUCCAGAUCUGCUUCAUGUAAAUUACAGCUAUUGGCUGCACUAACUGAAAUGCCUGAUCCUUGAGGAGCAAAAAGACCUAAUAGCACUAAUUGAUGGUUAUUUUAUUUCUGACCAUUUAGAAAACUGAGUUGAAACGUGGCAGAGAGAAAUAUUUCAGGAUGCCAUAAGCCCAUGAUGGCAAACCUAUGGCCCGCAUGCCUGAAGUGGCAUGCAGAACCAUGCUGCCCGGCAUGCGUGGCCUCGCCCAUUGCUCUUCCUGGCUUCUGGCGUGCAUGCACACAUGACAAUCAGCUGAGCUUCUUGCACACAACAGUGCCGGAAAAUGGUCUUGUUUUCUGGCCUGCGGGUGCACGUCGGCUAGCUGAUCGUCACACACACAUGCACACCAGAAACUAGAAGAGGAGUGGCCGAGUGUGCAUACAUGCACUGGAAACUGAAGUUUCGGUUUCCGGCAAGCGCAUGUGCACUGGGCCACUCCUCUUCCGGUUCGCUUCCUGAGUGUGCGCACACUCCCUUUUCAGCACUCGGUGCCAAAAAGGUUCACCAUCCCUGUCAUAAGCUAACAAAAUCUGUUAACUACAGUACAAAAUCCAGUUCUCUGUACAUCUUUCAGCCCUAGAUUGGUACUUAUAUGGAGGGGAGAGUGUUUUCAGAGGCUGGAUUUGGACCAAGAAUCUCUGUGCCUAGCUUCUUAAAAUUGUCAAAAAAAUAAACUACCCCCCCCCCCUCCAAAACUCCAAAAGAGAUGCCCAGUAUUUCUGAGUGUCUUUGCCACGAUAGGGUGUCUUUGUCAUUUCAGUUUUUCUGUGUAGCCCUAGUCAAAGAUUUAAACCCGUUCAUCCUCACAUCCAGCACUCUUGCUACUUUACAAUAUAUCCCACAAUAUUAUUUUCUCUUCCUCCUCCUCAGUAUCCAGUUGUGAAUAGAUAACAAUUCCAAUCUGAAGGCAGUCAUGCUGCACUUUACAUGUGGAAGACAAAGAGCUGAAGUUUGUGGAAUAUUUUCAGUUAUCUUUCCCCCCGCCCCCCCUUUGCUCAGAGUGAAUACAGGCAAGCGGUUUAGUAAUUGGUACGCCUAAAAAACCUCAUCCUGAGGCAUCAUUGAAUAGUAAUGCUGUGAUAAGUUACUUAUUGGUAAAUGUAACCUGUAGUCAAACAUCAAGCCUUGGGAUACUAAUACGGUAUUGUCGUGAAUGUGGCAAAUUAGAGAUGGACAUUUUUCUGAUUUAAAAUACUCUGACAUUUUAGGUGCAUCCAGACACUGAUUUAAAUCUGACUGAGAAUAAUCAGCUUGCUUACCAAAUAAAUAGCCCUGGAUUCUCUGGGGAGAAACUGUAUCAAUUGAAUUGGCAUAAAGAGUGAUAUAAAUCUUUAGAUAUAUUCAGAAUCUCCCUGAAUAUACAAGACUAUAAACUCCUGAAGCAUUGCAAAGACAUUCACCUAUUGGGUAAGAUUUUGAAUGGGACGUAGAAUGAAAAUGAUUUAUGAUUAAAAUGAUUCCUUUGUAAAAAAACAACAACGCCAAAAGUUAAACAGAUUACAGGCUUUUUAUGAAGUGAGCAAGGAAACCAAGAGUUGUAUAGUUAUUACUAUCACUUUCCUCAUUGGCCAGAGAUGUAUCUUUAAAAUGUUUUUAGGAUUAAUGGAAAUGCAAAAUAUAUACUUGGAAUUUAUUAUUUUUAUUCAUUUCAUAUUUGCUAAAAUAACGUAAGGAAAGUGUUGAUCAGGCUAUAUGUGAUAUUCAUGAACUGGAGGUAGAAAGAGGGAGAAGAGAGAGCAUGUUUGGCAUGCAAAAAGUAGCAAAUUCAAAUCAUAGCAUUUCCAGGAUGAGCAGGCUAAGGUCCCGGAUCUAUAGUGCUUUCCAAGAUUUAAUUCAGAAUUGCUGAGCUACCUGAGCUUGAUAGUAUGAUAAUGUGUCUGGGAAUUCUGGUUAUUAUAUUCCUGCACCAGGGGUGUCAAACUCAAGGCUUAGAUCUAGCUUGAGGAGCUGUCCUGGAAACAGUGGAUUGACCUGCAGUGCCUUUGCCAGUGAAAGCGGACCUCGGGAGGGCCACGUUAGCACUCGGGCCGCCACAGGGGCCCCUGACAUGAGUGAUAUUGAGCUUCUCCCUCCUGCUCCCCCCCUCCCCUGAGGUCAAACACAACCCUGAUGCGGCCCUCAGUGAAAAUGAGUUUGAUACCCCUAGGUUGAGGAACUAUUAUAGGUGAUAUUGAUGAGACAGAUCAGUAAUUAAUGCAGGUUUUAAAAACCUUGAAAUUCAUAGAAAUUGCUGAUGGUUGGUUUGUACAUCCUUUGAUGACUAGUCAUCCAAAAAUUGGAUGUGAACUUAGGAACGAAUUCAUGGAUAACAAAGGUUCAUGGCAUGUAGGUGUUACAAAGCUGUAAAUGCAAGAAAACAACAUUUUAUGCGAAGUAGGGAGUUCAGUCCUCAAAUAUAUUAAAAAGCACCACGGGUAAGAAAGCAUUGUAUCAUAGGAUAAAGACUUAUGUUGCUUUGGAAGAGAUUUAUGUUCCUCUUGAGUACAGAACAGGAACAGAGUGACCAGAUCUUUUCAUCAAGGGGUGGCCCAAGUCACAGGUUGUGUGUUCUAUGGAGCUACCACUGCCUUAUUGGUAAGGUUCAGUGGGAUGUUUUCCAUCAUAUUGGACAACAGGAAGAGCACCCCACAUUCACAGUGAUUCUUUUUCCUCAGCCCCCCCCCAACCCCAAAUCCAAGAAAAUUACACACACAAAAAACCCCAUUAUCUCAUUCUCACUGACUUUAAGACAUGGACCCAACCCCUCUCUCACACUUCAAAGUUACAUAUUUGGGGGAAAGUACUAGUCUUUUCAGGUCAAUACACAAUUUCUUGUAUGCUGGGAGUACCUCAAAUGGAGCAAUUUAGUGGCAACUAUAAGAGAGACUAGAAAAACUGGAAAUUAACCUUGCUGUAUUUUUAGACUUAAGCACUGGAAAAUGUUUCAGGAGCAAAAAUAGCACUCGUUUAGAUGUUCCGAAACCUGUCAGAAAACAUCUGAGGACUAGGCACCAGUUUGGCUGUAGUUCUGUUUCAGUUGGAGUCAAAGCACAAGCCAUAGAAAGGAUGAAAAAACUUACUCCACAGGGAAACAGUGAGUCAGUGAGAACACGUUGAGUCGUUCUUUUCCUUUCAGCACCUUCUCCUUCAAAUUUCUUCAGCCGCAGUUGUUCUGCUCCUUCCUCCUGGCAACCUCAGACCCUUUGAAAUGUGAAUAAGGAAUUUAUUUUUAUACUUUGUAAUUAAUUUUUUGAAUCUACUUUUCAGGCACUUGGGUACUUUUAUAAACCAAAAGGGAAAAAUUAUGUUUAUGUACAUACAUAUGCAAAACCAAAUAUUUAUGUCUAAGAGAGAGAGAGAGAGAUUGUUUGAAUAUGGGGACAUGCUCAAAUCUAUUUAUUUUGCUAAUAUAUUUAUCCACGUGUAAAGCUGUUCAUGUGGCUGUUAUUUUUUUUUCUGUAUAAAAUCAUGGGUGCCUAUGUUCAAGAGAUGCCUCUUCCUGUUUAUUUGUCAGAAAUAAAUUUUUUUUAAAUAUC